CCCUCCCCUACACACACAUCCCCUGGAUGCAGCUCGUCGGCCCUUUGCUCUGUUAAUCCCGUGAACACUCACUACGAUCUGCCUGUAUGCUCUGCUCUACUCUUGAGCUCUGAUGAUCCAACAAAUGAAUGACAGGACACCUCACUCUGAGAAGACACCAAAAUUCUGUCCGGGAUUAUAACACUGCUGUGAACGUCAUCAGAUCAGAGCCCAUUAAUUGUGUGCUGGGGCUCCACUGGACUCAGUUGGGCCAGUUGAGUAUGAGGUGCCAUGCCUGCACCGUGACUUUCCUCCUGCCUGUUGCUCUUUACCUCUGUCUGGGCCCUGUGUGUUGGGCUGCUGCGCUCCCUAGCUCCUGUGGCAUCAUCUACAAGAGCUUUGCUCAGUGUCUCCUCACUCUGGGGGACAGUCUGGGUGACACACAGAAAGAGCAGAGCACACAGGACAUUGACACAAUCUGCAGAUCAUGGGAUGCGUUCCAUGUGUGUGCGAAUGCGGCACUUGCCAGUUGUCCUGGAGACGCAGCGGCUGUGUGGGAGUCUCUGAGGCAAGAGUCCAGGAAGACCCAGUUUUCUGGAAACCUCUAUGACAUGUGUGCCAGCCGCACCACACUGGCACCCAAUACACUGCCCGUGCCACCCUCCCAGAGGCCACCAACGUCAGACCAGACCAAUCAAGAAACUCUAAAAGGGUACACACAUCACCUUGGACCCGCCUACACCACGCUUCUGCUCUCAGCAUGCAUCUCUCUACUGCUCUUGCUCAGGAUGUAGCCCUGGCCUCCCUCAGACUGCUAUAGGUUCUCUGUGAGCCUUGUGUUUAAAUGGACUGAGCAUCAAAUUAACCAACACACACUUGUAAAAAACCCUCACUCUAACACACACACAAGCACACUCCAAAAUGCAUGCCUCCUCCAACACGCAUCCACACACACACAGAAACGCAAGAAAACACUCCCAAGCGUUAUGGACAUCAUUAUUAUGCAUAUUAUGUAAAAUAGAGUUUCUAUGUCAACCUCUCUGUGCAAUUGUCUGUAUACCACCUAUCAUUUAUAAGAGGGAAGUACUGACAUUACUGAUACAGAGUUGUUCUAUAAUCUACAUGUUGGGUGAACUCUGUUUUUAUAUGUGACAUGUGUAGUGUGGCAAUAUUUGAUACAUGUAUGUAUGCAUAUAUUAUAUAUACCUCACAUGCAACAUGUAAAUAAGACUAAGCAAUAAGCCCAUUAACUGAAUUAUCUGACUUCAGAAGAUAAAUAACAAUAUGCAAAAGACUAUAGUUAAACCAUGUGCAAGUAUUAUGCUGACUAAUAUCAAGGAACUGUCACGAGAAGUGAAUAUCAAAGCAAGUAUUACUUAAUAACUUUAUGCAAUGAAUGGAUUCACAUACAAUACAUAAAGCUUAAGUUACAAAGCAUUAGCAAGCAUUCUAGGCAUGGUCAGAGAGAGAGACAAAGAAACCAUAGCUUGAGCCAUGGCACAUAGCUCAUGGGAGAGGGAGAAAACAAGAAAGAAAGGCGAAGUAUCUCACCACAGCAGUUCAGGAACAAAAAAUAGAAAGAAUGAAUCUAAGAUCUUUUAUAACGUUUGAGUUGUUCGGAUUCAGAAUCUGAGUUGUUGAUCAAUAGCAUUACGGUAAAAUGAACUUCCAAUCAGAUAUCAGACCUGUAAAGACAACAGAACCUCUGCUACCCAGAGGUGUGACAAUGGGGGUUGGUGAGAUGGGGGUUGGUGAGAUAAUUCUGAAUUCCUUAGACAACACAGAGGAAUCCUUGCAUACAGUUGAUAAGUCACUUUGGGGGCGGGCCAGCCACUUUCGUGUUUUUAUGAGCUAUAAGAGUUCACCUGUACAAAAUGUAUUUUACUCAGCCACCAGCUGACUAAAUCCCUAUAUUCCCCAAUCAUUGAUUCUUGCAUUGCCUGCGUGGGCACUGGGCACGGAAUAGCCACCACACACAUUGUGCCUGUGGACUUAUUAUGUAAUGAUUCCUCAUAAUGUAAAAAUUAUAUCAGAAGCUGCACUUCACUUACAUGUUUGUCUUCAUAGUUUCAUGUGAGGUUGCUCAGAGCAGUUGCUUUAAGGGGUGCAUGCUUUGUUUCAUUCAAUUGUAAGAAGUGAAAUCAGACACACAUCUGAUUAAUCCAGACAGUUAAAUUGAAUAAUAAUUCAUGCAUUCAUUUGUAAUAAAAUAUAUUAACAAGAAUAUGUAUGGUGUAGCGUGUAACGUGCAAUGUGUGUGUAUCCUGUAUGUGUGUGUGUUUGUAAUCUUUGCUCUUAAAUCCUUUCAUAACAGAAGGUCAUGAGCAGAUCAAUUUAAUCUGUCUUUGUUCCUGCCCAGCAUCCCUCGAUGCACCCUGACAGCCCAUGUGUCAGGGUAGGGGAGGGAGGAGGGGUAUAGGGAGGAGGAAACAUGAAGACAUGGUGAAUUAUGAUGUGAACAUGGUCAUGAACAGAAACAAAUAUUUAGAGAACAGUAGACAAUCCCAUUUGUGCAUGCGUGUGGCUAUGACGAGAGAGAUGAAGAGACAGGUGGAUAUAUUUUUUGUUAAUCCUCUUUUUGGUACCUUUAUUUAAAAGACCCAAUCUACUAAAAUCUAUUCUCUAGUCUCCCUGUGACCAGUAUUUGACCUGAGCACUUGGCCCUGAAAUCUCACCCUCAGUCCAGGGUAGAUUAAAUGAUAAAGAAGAGAUUCUAUGUGUUUUUGCAUUAGCAGGUCUGUAAUAAUACUACUACUAAAACUCGCAAAGACUUUGACAAAAUAACUGUUCUUUAGGUUCACAUUUCUGCAUGAUCAUCAUCAUCAUUAUUCUAUUUUCUAAACUUGUUUUUGUUUUUUAUGUUUUAUUUUCUGUAAGAAUGGGCCAGUCUAUUGCACAUAUGAGGUGCACAUUUGGUACUU